GAACUUCGAAACGUAAUUUCGAAUGACCGAACCAGCUGUAUGCAUGAUACAUACAUACGUUUAUACGCAUGUGUGCUCAACUUUUUUCCUGAAUAUCAAUAUUCCUUUCGAUUAUCGUAUAUUAUUGCUAAUAAACCAAAUGAGUGAAUGUAGUGAAUCAAUGAGCAGCAAUGACCAAAACCAAGUAUUAUUAAAAACUUUGCAGAGUUUGAAAUGCAAACAAUGUAAAUGUUGUAAUGAUGAAAUGGAGUCUUUAGCACGUACUAUUCGACACACUUUGUUAGAGAUAAAUGACAUUCAGGAAAAAAGCCGUGACCGUCGUCAUCGAGAGAUUAUGGCGUUAUUUGAAAAUUAUUUUAAUGAAAAAACACACCAAAUUCCUGGUACGCCAGCAAAUCUGAAAAUGGAAAUAGAUCCCCCGCAACGUUGUGGUGAUGAUGAAGUCAAGAAAAAUAAUGAAAGUAUAGGUUGGGUUGAGGAAACCACAAUAUUGGAGUUACCUAUAGCACAAGAUGCAAAAGAUAAAUUGAUAGCAAUGCACAAGGAAUUGCUUGAUCUACGGAAUCAAAGCUUCGGGAUUCCAGGUAUAGCUACACAUUUAGAAUCAAUAGAAGCUUUAAAUCUAGAUACUGAGGCCGAAAAAAAUGACUUUACUACAUCGAAAGAUGCUAUAGACGUUACUAAAUCUGCUAAUACAAAAUCAGAAACAAGGAACAAAUAUGCAUCAGUGGAUAUAAAAGUUCCAUCUCAUCCUAUAGAUAAAGAUAUUGUUGAAGUUCCUACUGGGGACUUAUUUGCAAUUGCAGAUCAACGGAAGAAAUAUCGAGAUAGAAGAAGAAAAAGUGCAGAAGGGAACUAUGAGCCAUUGCAUCAAUAUAUAAAAAGAUCAUGCAGUACUGUACAUAAGACUACUAAUGAUACAUCAAGUGGGACCACAAUAAAUGUUCGCACUAAAUCAAAAGAAGCACCGAGUGUGAGGAGUGAAGGAGGAUUUUCUAAAGGUCUCCAAGAAAUUGAGAACGCAGGCAAGGCUGGUCAAAUAUCACUCGGUUCACGAAAAUUGCUAAAUUUAGAUGCUGAGGACAGAGGAGGAACAGAGAUUACAAGAGAUGAAUUUAUGGCUAUGCGUAAUGAAAUGUUUGCUAAACAGCGUAAGAAAAUGCAGGAUCGCGAACGUAAAUAUGCAUGUAAAUAAAUAAGCAGGCCCAAAAAUUAAAAAAAUGCCUAUGCCACGUAAUAACUCUAAAUAUAUAUAUAAUUUUAAGUUACAAAACUAUAAGAACAAUAAUUAAACAGUGAUGAGAUAACCUGAAACUUUA